UGAAAAAGGGAUGAACCUGACACCUUGGGAUGUAUUUUAAUCUAUGUUGGGAUGUUUCAAACCUUUAUUGGGUUAAAUAUAAACAUUUUCUGUUUAUCCCCAGUGUAUACAGAUAUCCGUGCAAACAAAUAUUACAUGAUUUAUAAUAAUGAAUUGUUUUUGUAUGAACUUAAAAUAAUGAAUUUAUAAGUAUGAAUGUGGUAUGAACUCUUGAUAGAUGUGGGUUGUGGGGUUCAUUUGAACCCUUUCCCAGAGAGACUCAACCUGGAUAAACGUCAGUCGUAUUUCCCAUCCCAAAAAGGAGAUAGGGAAUGUGAGAGGUGGAGUUAUUUCUGCAGUCUGAUCCUGUGAAGAGGAAGCAGACCUUCAGAAGAUCUGGAUUUUUUAAAAACUUUCAUUGUCAGGUGAAAACUCAAGACAGAAUGUCCAAUUCGGUUCUGGCACUUCCAGAAAGUUUCGCUCCCACUUCCGACAGCGUUUAUUCGGAUCAGUUUGGGUUUUACUCUCUGGACAGUAAUGUUCCUGGUCUUUCUAAAGUCAUCUUAGACAAACUCAAGAUGAAAGACUACAAGGAUUACAGGUCAGCUCUGGAGGGAAAGGGCAAAGUUGGAUUUCGCUCUUAUAAAGAAAUGUUUCAAAACUUGGAGGACACGUUUAAGUUCUGCGCCUGCUGCUCCAAACUCCCAUCCAACCUGACAGAUCCCAACGCUCUUAAACGCUGCAUCAAGUGUCUGAAUGUGUAUUACUGCAGUAAAGAGUGUCAGAAAAAAGACUGGGCAUUGCAUAAGAAAUGUAAAAUGCUUCGUAAGGUCUCGAUGGACAGGUUGGUUGAAUGGCUUGUGCACACAGGAGAUCUUCCUUUCUCUACGGAGGUGUGGUCUCGCCCUGCUAAAGACAUCAGAUGUUGGGAUGAUUGGCUCUCUAUGCAUGGAGAUCUGACAUCACGUCUGGACCUCAUUCUGUCUGGUAAAAACAUGUCAGACCUCUGGACCAAUACCUGCCGACCACGCCCAGAGGAGGCGGAGCUUCGCGAGUCUGUGUGGCGGGUGUGUAGUGAACUUUUCUCUCGGUCACUGACCGUGGGCCUUGGGAUUCAGGUGUCCCGUCUGGACCCGUACUCCCGCCCUCUGACCGUACAUCUUGUUGGUGCCGGUCAUAACGAGACCCUUGGAGCCAGAACCACAGAUAUGGAUGAGCUCAGCCGUAUGUUCCCGGGGCAUGAGGGACUGGAGGUGGUGAUGGUCGGGCCAGAGGUGGUGAAGGGUCCCAUCAUGAGACCCCCACUGAGAGCUUUCGGACCCCGGGGAAAAGUGUACAUCAGUGCAUACAAAGGCCUUUAUCACCAGUUUUGGGAGGAGGUUGUUGAGAGAGGUGAAGCUGCUAGACCAGAUCUAGUGGUUGGAUUUCACCCAGGGUUUCAUGCAUCUCAGGGUUUGGGGGAAGGCUGGUUGCCCACAUUACUCUUACUGAGAGAUUACAACAUCCCCUCCAUGUUCACCAUGUACAAUAAUGAAGAGCUUCAGUAUUCUCUUCAGAUUCUGAUCGAGUUAGAAAUGAAUAUUAAAGAUACCGGCCCGAAUCCCUUCAGCUCCCAGAAACCCGAGCAGGUCCAGUCCAGCCCGAACAAACAAGCCAGUUACUGCAAUGCUUUCUAUAUUUAUUUUCAUGGUCUGCUGGAGACACAACAGGAGGAAGAUUAAUUUUACUAUCUUACCUAAAGCCACGGGAACCUUCAUAUGAAUCUGAAUCAUUUUUAUCUGAAUAUAGACUCUUACUUUCUCUGUAAGUCAAAAGUUUAUUUAUAAAGCAAUUUUUAAAAAACAACAAGUGUUUACCAAAGUGCUAUACAUACAGAGUAAAAUUUCAAAGAGCAUAUAACAAAUCAAAAUACAGUAAUUAUAAAUAAUAGACCAUCUGAAUUAUAUGCCAUGCUGUACAAAUAUGUUUUUAAAUGAGAUUGAAAACAGAAAGUGUUUGUGCCGGCCUAAUAUACAAAGGAAAUUAUUUCAAAGUUUUGGGGUUGUCACUGCAAAGGCUGUACUGUUUAGAUAAUCAAUUAGUUAAUAAGACUUAAACCAUCAGUUAGUCCUGUAAUUCAUAUGGAUGUAAAAGCCUUAUUUUACUGCAGUGUAUUCAUGUUUCCAGUUGAAACUUGUAGGCUUCAGUUGGCACUGCUUAAAUCCAAAAAUCCGCUCUGAGCUUUUGUUUUUCUCUUGGUCAUCAUGAUCUAUAGCUACAUAUACUGUCAUAAUCUGUUGUGUCUCUGCAAAUAGUCACAUUGAGGUUAGAUUGUGGACAUAAAGGGAGCAUUUUUGAGCAAUGGUCAUUGCAGGUGAUCAAGUGCACCCUUGCUAGUUUAUAACUUAUGGUUACUGCUUGGUUGUUUCAAGCCAUGGUUGGAUAAAAUAUGGACAAACACAAGUGUUGGUUUAAACUAACCUAGAAAAUGUCCAUAUCUGACCCGCUUACGGAGGGCACAAUAUUUUUGGGAGCAUUUGACUGGACAGAUCAGUGCAGGAUGAGUCAUAAAAAGUCAUUUUGUUUUUUAUAGGAAAAAAUUUAAAGGGGUCAUAUCAUGAUAAUCCGACUGAAAUAGGUAAUUCAGAUUUUGCUGUUUUGUGAUGUAGGUAGCAAGUCUAAUUACAAUAAUCCCGCACCUUAAUUUGCAUUAUCCAACCGCGGCACUGCUAUGUAGUGCGGAUAAGAAGAGAAAAACUUUUUUUUCAGCAAAAAAGCACAAUUGAGUUUCUAUUUCAACAAGCCACCAUCAUCCAGGGGCGGCGUUUGCGUAUGGCAGGGUAUGGCAGUUGCAUUCAGACAAAACACCAGAAAUCAACAGGCAAUAAUGAUGCUCAUUAAAGAUUAUUUUAAAAAUUUUCAGUAGAACAUUUCUGAACAUUGGUACAUCACUAAAAUGGAUAAUUUACACGUUUGCUCGACUUCAUGCUAUAAUACAGGAACCGACAUGCGGAUGACAUUAACAUGCCGCGAGAGCGGUUUGAAAGCAAACUCUUCCGAUGAUUCCUCGCCUCACCCUCGCGGUACUUUGAUGUCAUCAGCCUCUCGUUCUUGCAGCGAAGCUUGAAGUCUCUGCAGGACGUCUCAUGAUAACCACUGCUGUUAUAAUCUUUAUUUUCGCAAGUAAAAUCUUUUUGUUUUAACAUUCAAACAGACUCACGGGUCAUUCCCACACUCGCGCUAUGCCUAUUGCAUACAUUAUUUCAGAAGUAAUAUGAUUUGUUCUCUAUGAAUAAAUAAACAUGUUCUGUUCCACUGGGAAAGUGUAGCGCAGUCGAAGUGAAUUGUAUUAAUUAUUUGCGCGCAUUUUUGAAUAUGGUCACUUGUGGAAUAAAAACUGCACGACGACAAAGGUAAGACUUGUUUUUACAUUUAGCCCUGUUUUACUGAGAGUUUUAUUUAGUGUUUUAGUCGGUUAACUACGUGUGCUCUGUCACAUCAUUUAAAGUCUUUAUUGUGUGUUUAUUAAGUGUUUAUUGGUGGUUGUCAUGACAAGAUUGUGAAGGGAUGUUACAGUAUGUUUUGAUAUUAUCUUGUUUUAGUGUAUCUGUUGCUGAGUUGCACUUAGUUAAGAAUUACAACAUUUGAAAAGCAUUUUAAACAACCAUGAUUUCUAUUUUUGUUUUUCAUUUGUAUUGCUUCCGUAUUGUUUUCAGUAAGUGUAAAGUUACAUUAGAGCAAUCGUAGUAUGAUUUUGUACAGGUUGGUGGAGUAUGUAGUACACAUAUUAUGUGGUUUCAUAGAUUCGUUAUUUGAGAAUGGCCUUCUUGUACGAAGAUUUUUUGCCAUACCCUAGGUUUUCGUGAAACGCCGCCACUGCCAUCAUCAUUGUUUGCAUUUCAUCAGCUCAUUUGCAUUUCAAAGGAAACACCCAAAAACUGCACAUUUUUGCUUGCACAUAUAAAGUGGCAAUUUUAACAUCUUAUAAUAAAUUAUCCAUUUGGUAUUUUGAGAUAAGGGUUAAGACCAAAGACUUAUUUUACAUCUUAAAAAAAAUUCUCAUGAAAUGACCUCUUUAAAUUUUUAUCUGGUUAAAAUUAAAAUAAUGAAGAGAGAACUGACGAAGGUCUUUGACCGAAACGUUGCAGUUUUAACUACUUAAAUAAAGGGACUUUUUACAGUGUGCAGAUCUUUUUCUGUUCUUUUUCUAAAAUUAAAAUAAUAAAAUAUUAUUUGAUGUAUAAAAAAAUAUAUUAAUACAAUAUUUUAAAGCUAAUACAUUUGAAUUAAUAAUAUAUACGUUUAAUUUUUUUUUAUCUAAAAUGAGUUAUCAAACAUCGCCACCUUGUGGUGAAAUUGUCGUUAGGUUUUACUCAUGAAUGAAAUAAUUAAAUAUUUAUCUAUGUUUUCCUGAUCAAAGUCAUUUUCUUUUCCAUUUUUAGUCAGAAUGUUUGUGUAUUAUCUUCAUUUAAUAAUAUAAAAGACGUUAUUAAUAAAUAGGCCUAAACAUUGACAAAUUAUAUAAUUAUUAAAUUAAUAAUAAUUAGGUGAUGUAGAUAAUUAAGUUUAAUAGCUACAUUGAAUGUACCUUAUGAAAAUUAACCAUGUUUUUUGUGGUAAAAGUGUAGUAGGCCUAACCAUGUUUUUUUGGUGUAUUGAUAGGCUACUAUUAGUAAUAAAACCAUGAUUUUACUAGGCUACACUUACCACGGGAUUUUUUUUAACUGUAGUUAAACCAUGGUUAAUUUAUUAAAACUCAAGUGCAGAUUUUAAAUUGUAAUAAAAA